AUGGCUACUGUAGUGGCACAGUCUCAUUAUAUAUUCGGAUUGCGGACAGGAGUGAGGAAUAAUUUAUUGUAUUUUGAUGAGCAAACCGUCAUAUUUCCGUGUGGAAACAACUGUGUGCGCUAUAACAUCAGUCAGAAAUGCCAGAAGUUCAUUCCAGGUACAGAGAGAAGUCAGGACAUGCAGGCCUUGGCCAUCAGCACAAACAGGCGUUAUCUGGCUGUGUCUGAAUGUGUAGAGAAAGCCACCAUCACUGUGUUUGACCUCCAGCACGAGCAGAGCAGGAAGAGGAAAGUGCUGACUGGAGGAGAGAUUGCGGUGGACAAGUUUGUCUGCAUGGCCUUUUCCCCUGACUCCAAGUAUCUGAUCGGUCAGGCAGGCGGGCCAGACUGGACUCUCUUCCUCUGGAUGUGGGAAAAGAAGAAGGUGAUGGCCACUGUGAAGACAAGCACUGAUGGCCCCAUAAACCAGAUCAGCUUCAACCCUGAGGACAACACACAGAUCUGUGUGAGUGGCAAUGGGGUGUUCAAGAUCUUUCGCUAUGCUGGAGAAAUCCUGAAACAGUCCAGCACAUUUAAAACAGACACGCAUCACUUCCUGUGCCACACCUGGAUGUCCACGGAGCAGGUGAUUGCUGGCACAGACGCAGGUCAGCUGAUGAUGUUUGAGUCAGGCCGACUGCGCUGGGAGAUGAAUGUGACGCCUGCGCAGAAGGUUUACAGUCAGUCAGAAAAGCAAGACUCUAACGGGACCUUCUCCACACUGCCACGGGUGACAGACAUUGUAGCUUAUUCUAAUGGCUUUGCUUGCUCCGCUGGUCCUGGCACUGUGUGCUUGUUUGAGAAAAGAGAGGAGGAAGACCAGUAUAAGAAGACCAUCCAAAAAUUGACUCUUAUGACUGGGUAUCCGGACACAGCCACUAUGAGCGCCUCCUCCACCAUGUUGCCUGUUUUAGAGAUGUAUAAGGAGUUCCAGGAGGAAGCCUACAGCAUAGCUCUUCACCCCACUGGACUCUACAUCCUGGUGGGAUUCUCAGACAAACUCCGUCUCAUGACUCUGCUCAUCGAUGACAUCAGGACUUUCAAGGAGUUCACUGUACGCAGUUGCCGUGAGUGUGCGUUCAGCAACGGGGGCCACUUGUUUGCUGCUGUCAAUGGAAACGUUAUCAACAUCUACUCCACUACCACAUUUGAGGACGUACUGAAUCUGAAGGGACACAAUGAAAAAGUGCGGGCUAUAGCAUUCAGUGCAGAAGACAGUCGUCUUGUGUCAUGUGGCAUGGACGGGGCCGUGUAUGAGUGGAAUACUCUCACCGGUGCGCGAGAGUCUGAGAGCGUCCUCAAGACGUGCAGCUACACAGGAGUGACCAUCUCCCCUGACGCAAAGACAUUCUUCGCUGUCGGGACAGACUGCUCUCUGAAAGAAAUCCAGGAUUGUCAGAUCCUUAAGGAAGUGCGUACAGGUGAUGUGGUUUGCACCACUGUUGCCAUGUCUCGUUCAGGACGAGCGCUCUUCAUUGGAACUUCCACUGGGACUGUGAGAGCCAUCAAAUACCCUCUACCCCUCCAGAAUGACUGGAUAGAGUACCAGGCCCAUGCUGGCCCUGUCACUAAGAUGGUUACCACUUUUGAUGACCAGUUCCUCAUAACGGUCUCAGAAGACAGCUGUCUUUUUAUCUGGAAAAUCAUUGACAAAGAGGGACAAGGGUUGAAAAGAGAGAAGGAAUUAAUAUAUGCAGAAGAGAUCCUCAUCACCAAAUCAGACCUUGAGGAAAAGAAUAAAAUAAUGCUGGACCUGAACGCAAGAGUGACAGAGCUCCAAGAGGAGAACAAGUACCAGCUCAGCCUCAGGGACAUUGAAUACAAAGAGAAGAUCAAUGAACUCACUGAAAAAUGUAUCCAGCAGAUCAAUUCACUUAAUGCUGAGAAAGAGGUCCUGAAAGCAGAGAAGAAGAAAAAGCAAGCUGCCCAUGUUAAAGCUCUCUCAGAAGUCUUAGAGAAACAUGAUAAAGAGCAGCAGGACAUGGAGUCAAGCAAUAACCAGAAGCUCAUGCUGGAAUAUGAGAAAUACCAGGAGCUACAACUGAAGCUUCAUAAAGUUCAGCAGGAAUAUGAGCAGCAGCUGCACAGUGUGGAGGAGAGCAAGACCCGAGCCCUGGAGGAGAUGAUGCAGUCUUAUGAGGCCAAGCUGGAGGAGAAAAUGAUGCUGGUCACCCAGUAUCAGGAUGAAUCCCAGCAGAAGGUUCGGGAAUUUGAUGAAUACAUAAAGCAGGAGGAAGAGGACGCAGAUAUGGAAAUCCAUGAGAUCCGCAUUAAAUAUGAGCAAAAUCUUAAAGAAGAAAAAAAGGCCAACACUAGGCUCAAAGUGGAACUAGAUACCACAACAAAGCAGUUUCAUGUCCUGCAGAGGGAAAUUGAAAACAGGAAUUUGGAGAUCGAGAAGCUGAAGCAGGAAGUGCAGAAGCUGCAGUCGGUGAUCAAAGCACUAGAGAACGACAUCACUGGGCUGAAGACUGCAAUUCAGAAGAGAGAUGGGAUCAUACAGGACAAGGAAAAGAGCAUCUAUGAGCUGAAAAAGAAGAAUGACACACUUAACAAAACAAUUGAAGUGAUGGAGUUCAGGGCUGAAUAUAUGGAAGAGCAGAUUGAGCCAAAAGAGAACGAAAUCCAAGAGCUGAAGGAGCAGAUGCUGGAGAUGGAGGUAGAGUUGAAGGAGUUCCAUAAGACGAACACACAGCUGGAGCUGAAAAUUGCCGAACUGACCUUAAAAUUGAAAACCAAAGACAAAGAAAUGCACAAAGAAAUGAGGAAGGUGCAGGACAUUGGGGUUCUGGUACAGAGAUUUAAAGCUGACCUUCACACAUGUGUGGAAUUCAUUCAGGACCCAAAGAGAUUAAAGGAACACAUUCGAGAGCUCUAUAAAUGCUACGUUCAGCCAUCAGAUGUGGUAGAGAAAGUGGCGGUGGACACAGAUACCCAGAAGGAAAACCACAGACAGAGGGAGCACUACGAGAUGAUUAUCACCACACUGAAGAACCAGCUCACCAGGGACACAAACGUCUUCCAGGUCAACAAUACAAAGCUCAUGAAGGACAACGUCAUUCUUAUGAAAGAGAUCAAUGAUCUGCGUCAGGAGCUGCGCGCUGUCCGUAUGCAGCUGCACAACUAUGACAGUCAAAGCAGCUUUAACAAGAACAACAAGAGCUCUGCUAACACGAGAGGUGCAGCUUCAGCAGGGAGGAACGGCUUGAUGACGCAGCAGAGUUUAGAAGAAGCAGAGAAGAUCAUCCAGUUUCAGCGACUGGAGAUCCAGAGGCUCAAGCAGGAGACUAACGGCCAGAUGCCCUCAUCCAGAACCAAACUACCACCGCUCACCAACUGAAUGCCCCUCUUGUGCUUCAUGCAUGAAUAAAGCAUCAAAUAUAAGUCAUAGAUUCUUUAUGAAUCAAUGAUGAAGAACAUGACCAGAUUUAAAAUGUUUCAGAUAUUAGCUCAUUUAGGGCUUUUUACAAUUACUUAUUGAAAUUCCUGUAUGAAUGAGAUUUGUACAGAAUAUGUUGCUUCCAGAGUGCUGACAAAUUACACAGAACACAGAGCAAGUUCUAAAUGAUCAGCCAUUUAUAUCAAAAGAAUAGAAUGUAAUGCAAUUUAAAAACAAAGAGAAAUUCAUUUGUAAAA